AUGUCUACAGAGAUGGAGAUUGACGCCGUCGCUCCGGCUUCAGAUGAACGCGACAACGGCACAUCCUCGCCGACCGAGACCAAGAAAGCCAGCGCGGGCGCGGGAUCCGAAGCCCGCACGAUCCAGAACGCAGUGGCCGUCCGCAGUAUCGAAGGCUGGAUCGUGAUCGCGACCAACAUACACGAAGAAGCAACCGAAGAGGACAUCACUGACCUGUUCGCCGAGUAUGGCGACAUCAAGAACUUACAUCUCAACCUGGACCGAAGAACAGGAUACGUCAAGGGCUACGUACUCAUCGAAUACCCCACGCAAGUCGAAGCCGCGGCGGCGAUCAAAGCUCUCAACGGAGCAAAGCUUCUCGACCAGACCAUCUCAGUCGACUACGCGUUCGUAAGACCACCUCCGAAGGACAACAAGGGCGGACGUGGCGGAGCCGGAGGAGGAGGUAAAGCGAAUGAGCGACGCGGCGGCGGUGCGCGUGCUGGGAGGAGCCGCAGCCGGAGCAAGUCGAGAAGCAGGAGCCGAAGCGUCGACGCCGAGAGGGACAGAAGAAGCCGUGGUGAUGGAGACAAGAUGGACAGAGAUUGA